AUGUCCAGGGGCAAGGCAGUACGGCGUAGGGAGCGCGCGCUGCGCCAUUCCUCUCCUCUAGAAACGUUGCUCGAGCACCAGCGUUUUAGGUGCUCUUCCUCUGUGAAGGCACUCGAAGGUGCCAGCGCUUCCUCACCCGAUGAAAAGACGCGGGGAGCGGCAACAUCUUCACGGGGUUCGUUGGCCGGCUCUCAGAUGGGACGCGGAAGGUUUACACUGCUUGAGUCGUAUGCGUCCGGGAAACCGUGGUCUGUGGUUGCCGAGCCACAUGGAGACAUAUGUAGGAAUUCGUCACGGAACGUAUCGUCUCUCGCGGUGAGUAGUUCGGGGGAGCAUGUGGCUUUCGGUGACCGUUCUGGCCGAGUUUUCGUCAUGCAGCAAAGGCGACUGGACGAGGAAAGCGGUGACGUGGAAGGUGGGAGGGAGGACCCCGCAGGUGCCUCUACUACUUCUCGUGCCCACCGUCCUUACGAAUUUGCCGUGGGUCGUCAAGCCUAUACUUCAAUUAUUGACCCCCUGAACAAUGUUGAGGUGACACCCAACAUUCAAGCCGUAUGCUUUCUACCCCAGAUAGGAGCUUCGACGUAUCUGCUCACUGCAAACGAAAAACUCCCAAAGUUGUAUAAGAUCGUGAGGGUACGGGAGUCGCCCUCCUCCUUUUCAGCGGUGGACUGCUUAGGAGGCAACCAAACUUCAUCUCUAACGUUGAACCCUCCCCAUGGAACUAUGGUAAAUGCAAUGAAGCAGGUCACUCGAUACGCAUUGAACCACGAGUACAACAUCAAUUCACUGUGUCCACAAGCGGAUGGGACACAGUUCUUCUCUGCCGAUGAUUUAACUGUCAAGUUGUGGUGCGUAGAGUAUCCUGAAGCCUCAAUUGAGACGUACAGCGUUAAGCCCCCUUGUGAUGAAGAGGCACAAGAAAUGAUUUGUUCCGUUCAAAGCUUUCCCCACGAACCAUUUUUGCUAUUUGUGGUAAGUAUAUCUGGUACAGUUCGUGUUGUGGACACAAGGCAAACAAUCAAGUUGCUUCACCGAUCUCCGCUCACUUUCAGAAGCACCUUGCGUGAAAAUGACAUGACGUACAACAGCAUGCUUUUGGAUUGCACACUCAGCCCAUGUGGGCGUUAUGUGGCCGGGCGCGAUACCACGGGCGUUUGCCUUUGGGACGUCAGGCGUCCUGGAGCAUCUGCGGGCGGCUUCCAAGGAGGUUUGGUGUCGUCAAAAUUAGCACACAGUGAGGAGCACGACGUGGUGCAGCGGUGGGAGGUUCAUCCGCAUCUGCGGCGCGAACUUGACCAGUUCUUCCAGAGCAGUGCUGUUGAGCGGUUCCACCUCCGUUUUUUGAAUUGUCGCGAGAUAUGCACCGGAGGGUUCGCUAACACACUUCAUCUCAUUGACAUCUUAGACAGUGAUGGCGCAGUCAUUGACAAAACUUUCACCGCGCAGCGGUACGGAAAUGUAAAGUCGCUUAGGCUUCCCAAAUUGCAAGACUCAAGUGAUAGAGGACGUGGCUCGUUGCAGGUGUCUUCAGCCAACUCGGUAUCACUCCCGACAGCUGGUGAGGGAGAAGGGUUAUUCAGCACCGCUGUGACACAUCUAUCGUCCCCUCUUACUUCCCACAAUGGUGACUGCUCGAUACUGGCAUCUUGUGGUUCAGCUCUAUUUCAGAUUGGCUAUCCCAGCCUCCGCCUGUAA